CCCAAGAUGGCGGCGGGCAGGGGUGGGCGCUAGGCCGGGGGUCUCGGCCCUCUCUGAGGAGCAGAAUGGAGGGCGAGAAGCGGGAGCUGCGGGUCCUGCUGGCGGCACUCUCGGGGCAAGCGCAGGGCUCCCUGCGGGACGCAGCCACGGCCCGGCUGAGCAGGGGCCAGGAGGCUCUGGGCAUCCUGCGGGGCUCUGGGGGGAUCUACCUGGAGCCCCUGGUGCCGAGAGGAGUGGGCCGGGCCCGGGGCAGCCUCCUCCCGGGAGCCUGGGCUGACUUCCUCUGGGAGAACACAGAAGGUUGUGGUGACCUGCAAGCAGACAAGACCAAAAUACUGGCUCUGAGUAAAAGCCAUGAGCUGUUUGUGUAUGAGUGCACUGUAGAAGAUGGAAAGUACAACCUGGUUUCCCUGCACACUUGUAAGGAGGAUACACUUAAAAAGCUCCUUGAAGCUAAAAACAUUAGCCUGCCUUCAGUCUCCUCUGUGAGGAUUCUGUCUUUUGGAAACAACAGAUGCAGACUUCUGGUCAAUAAGGUGCUGGUUGUGCACCUCAGGCUCCCUGGGAAGGACUCCUCCCUGCAGGCAUCUGCCUGCUGCUCCCUUCCUGUGGCCCCAGGAGCCCUGGGCAGGCUGACAGACACACAGAUCUGCAGGGGCCUCCUCUUCCUCUUGGACAGCUCUGGAUGGAUUUACAUUUUUGACUCCUUUGAUGGUGCCCACCUAGCAAAUGUCAGGGUGGGGGCUGUGGCAGGGGGGGGCAGCAGCUCAGCCACCCCCUGUCCCCUCACUGCCCUGGCUGUGUCCCCAGACCUCGGUGUUGCUGUGGUCAUCAGCUCCUCCAGCCAGGCCCUCCCCGUGGAUCUCAACAAAUACUUCAGGCAGUUCCCUGAGCAUUUGCUCUGUAAGAGAGACUCUGAAAAUCUUCCAGUGAAGGCUCCUGAAGGGCUGGAUGAGGACGAGCUUGCCAGUUCUGCCCACAGCAUGGAGCUUUUGUCCCUGCCCUUCCGCACAGACAGGUCCUGGAAGGCACAUCUGUCCUCACUCUGGGAUACAGUCAGGAGGAGAAAACCAGGUUCUCCACAUCUGGUGAAUGACUUGAAUUUACCUUGGUAUCAUUUUUUUACCCACCUUGAAGAACGUGAACCUGAAAGCCAUGAAAACCCUGAGCAGAUGGUGCCUCUUGUUCCCCAAGCUGUCACCUGGGCCCCUUCCAAACCAGCACAACAUGGAGCAACCAUGCUCAGCAGUGUCAGGCAGCAGUGGAAACAAAUCCCCCUUGAAGCACCAGAGGAAGUGGUGAAACUGGAGUGCAAAUCAGUAACUGGAGCUAAAGCCCUGUUUGUGGUGCUAAGGAGGGACAAAGGGUUGGCUCUGGCUCUCUGGGAUUUUGAGUCUCAAGAUGUGACACAUUACAGCUUUGGCAGAAGCAGUGUUUAUGUGGAUUGCUGCACAGAGGUGCCCCUGUGUCUGCUGCUGACAGAGCAUGGUCUCUCCUUGGUUCUGUUUGGUUUAACUCAAGAAGAGUUUCUGAACAGACUGGUGAUCCAUGGCAGUGCUGGAGUUGUUGAGUCUCUUUGUCAUCUCAAUGGAUGGGAACAAUGUUCAAUCCCUCUGCAUGCACUGGAGGCAGGUCUGGGGAAGCAUCAGCUGGACACAGUGGAAUUAUUUUUAAAAAGCAAAGAAAGUCUUUUCAGUUUGCCUGCAUCAUGCUCUGGACCUGAGGAGUCUGCUGAGGGCCCAUCCCAGUCUCACCUGAGAAAUCUGGAAGAGCUGAGGCCAGCUCUGGACUUGCUGUGCUCAGCAAUCAAAGAAAAGGAUCUGGACCCUCAGAGUAAAGACUUCUCUGAGCAGCUGCUGAACCUCACCUUGGCUUUCCUUACCAAGCAACUUGAAGAAAUCUUUGUGUGCACAGAGGAACCUGAUGGAUCCUUGCAGAAGGGGGCAGAUAUUUUAACUGAUUACAUUAUUAAACUCAGAAAACUCAUGAGGAAAUAUCCUCAACCACAAAUAAGAACAGAGCAGACAGGGAGAGGUCUUGAUGAAGACCUGCCUGUGUUAGAAGAAACCCAAAUGUGGGAAAAACUGACAGCAGAGGAGGUGAUUGCUGAGGCCAUCUUAAACAACAAAGUCUCCAAGGCUCAGAGGUUCUUUGGCAUGGAGCAGGAUCCAGCUGGGGGGCUGCAGGACUUGGUGCAGAUGGGUUUGCAGCUGGUCUAUGAUCGGCUGCUGAAGGACAACACCAGAGAGGCCUCGGAGCUCCUGAGGAACAUGGGCUUGGAUGUGCAGGAGGAAUUCCGUAGGAUCUGUUUCUACACAGCUGACAAACACGUACGAGACUUGUUGGUGAAACUUCUACGAGAAGAAAAUUAUUUCUCUGAAAAAGAGAAGAAAGUGAUAGACUUUGUGCAUCAGGUUGAAAGCUUGUACUCAGAAUCCUUCCAAGAAAAAAAGGAGAUUCAGUCUCUUUCCAGUUUCAGGAGCUGGAAAAAGGAAGAAUCCUUCUCCAGACACGUGGCAGUGCUGGAGCCGCUGACUCGGCAUCGCGCUCACACCAGGAGAGUCCGAGUGAUGUUCAGCUGGGCUGAGGGCUGGGAUGAGCUUGCUCAGGAAAUGAUUCUCCUCCCCAGGAGGCCACGCCAAGAACUCAAGACCUGUAAUCCUGAGGUUCUUUGGAUGCACUUGACAGCCCAGCAUGAUUGGCUCAAUAUUUGCUCAUGGAUUGAAGAAUCUGAGUCCAGCCAGACUGUGUGUGGACAGGCUAACUGGCCCCCUCUGACUCCAGAUGUUAUUGACAGGAAUAUGUUAUGUAGCAGCUACAUGAGAAAUGACAUUCUGAACAAGCUGGCUGGGAAUGGAAUUUUUGUCCCUUCUGAACUGGGAGAUUUUGAACUUCUGCUCCAGAGACUGUCUUACCUUGGGGGAGUGCUGCAGAACCCUCACCCUGUUCCCAGAUAUAAAUCUGCAAGUGGUUUGGACUUCCACACUUGUUUUGUCCUUCACUGUUUGGAGCACAAUUUGCAGUAUCUGUUGUACACUUACUUAGACCAUUACAGUUUAACUCCUUCACAUUGUCCUGUUCUGGGUGACAAGGAAUUGCAUGAAGCACACCCCUGGUUUGAGUUCCUGGUGCAGUGCAGAGGAGUUGCCAGCAAUCCCCAAGAUCCAAAGAUGAUUUUCCAGGCAAGUCUAGCAAAUGCUCAGAUCCUCAUUCCCAGUAACCAAGCCAGUGUGAGCAGCAUGCUGCUGGAGGGCCACACACUGCUGGCUCUGGCCACCACAAUGUAUGCACCUGGAGGUGUUGAUCAGGUUCUUCAGAAUGAAGAUGUGGAAAACCCUCUGAAGAAAGUUGACCCACAGCUUUUAAAAAUGGCAUUGACUCCUUACCCCAAACUCAGAGCUGCUCUCUUUCCCUCAUACACUUCUCAUGGGAUAUUGCCAUCUGACAUCUCUCUUUACCAUCUAGUUCAGUCCUUAGUGCCCUUUGAUCCCACUAAGUUAUUUGGCUGGCAGUCAGCAAAUACUCUUGCUGGAUCAGAUGCAUCAAGUGACUUUCCUCAUUUCUCAUCCCCUGAGCUGGUGAACAAAUAUGCUGUGAUAGAACAACUGGAUUUUUUGUACUAUUUGCACCAUGGACGUCCAUCAUUUGCUUUUGGGACAUUCUUGGUCCAGCAGUUAGUGAAGAGCAAAUCCCCCAAAUUCUUGAUCCAGCAGGCAGGGAAGGAAGCCUGUGCUUUGGCUCUCUCUUCCUUCACUGUUCCUUCAGUCUCAGCAGCCUGCGUGUGCUUUCUGGAGUUGCUGGGUCUCAACAGCCUCCAGCUCAGGGUGGAUAUUAAAGUUGCAAACCUCAUUUUCAGUUACAGAACUAGAAAGGAAGAAUCUGGGCACGGUCAGAUACGAGAAUCUUUGGCUGACAAGUUAACAAGAUUAGCUGAGGGUGAAAAAACAGCAGCAGCAGAAGUUCUUAACUCUUUAGAAGAAGCCUUUUGGGAUGCAGUUGAGCACCAAGGAAUAAAGAGGACAUCUAGUGACUCCAGAAGGCAGUGGUCUUUGGUGAUGCAGUUCUGCAAACUCCAUAAUAUUGGGCUGAGCACCUCUUACCUGCAGGAAUGUGCCAGAGCCAAUGACUGGCUGCAGUUCAUCAUCCAAACCCAGCUGUACAGCUUCCAGCCAGAUGAGGUCAUGUCCCUCCUUCAAGAUUUCAGCCCUGUUCUCCAGGAUCAUCUGAUGCUGGUGGUGGGGAAGGUGCCAUCUUUACAUCCUGAUGCAGAAAGUACUGAAAACAGAGCUGCCAGUGUGUUCAGGAGCAAACAAGCAGACAGUCUCUUUCAAAUCCUCCUCCAGUGUCAGGAAAGCUCCAGCCCUUCAUGUUAUCUGCUGGCUGAGGGCCUGAGUCAGCAUGCUCCCAUUCUGAGUGUUUUGGCAGCAUGUUUCCAAGAUGCAAACAUUAUUCAUUGUCUCUGUGUUUGGAUAAUUACCUCUGUGGAUGAUGUCACCAGAGCUGAAGCAACAAACCAUACCCAGAGCUCAGCAGAAAAUCACAAAUGGGAUCUUCAUGACCUCUCAGUUAUCUGGAAAGUCCUUUUAAGGAAGCAAAAAAGUAAAGUGCUUCUAAAUGGCUUCCAGCUCUUUUUAAAGGAUUCCCCUUUGCUGUAUGUGCUGGAAAUGUAUGAGCUGUGUAUGAACUGUAAAAAAUACAAUGAAGCUAAAACCAAACUGGAAAGGUUUCAGGAAAGUCUCACAAAACUUAAAACUGAAGAUGAACCAGCAGCUUCUGAAUUACCUGUGCAGUGGUUGGAAUCUCAAGCUUUGUUUCUCCUUGAGCUGAUGAUGCAGCAGUGUGGAACAGAAUAUGAGUUAGGAAAGCUCUUACAGCUGUUUGCUGCAGCAGAUAAUCCCCUGCUCGAUGGCUCCUACGUGAGGAAACUUUGUGCUCUCAGUGAGGCCCUGCAGGACUCCCCCAUCCCGAUCCAUCGCUCCAUCCUGACCAGUUACCACGUGGAGUCAUUCCAGAGUGAGUGCAGAUCCAUUCUGGAGCAGCUCCAAGAGGAAGGAAUGUUCUCCCUGGCUCGGGAGGUAGCAGCACUGGCUGAAUUGCCCGUGGACAAUGUAGUUAUCCAAGAGGUUCUAAGAGAUCUACAUCACUUAAGAGACAUUGGGCAGUGGCAUCAAGAGCAGACAAGAAUGGAAUUCUGGAAGAAAUGUCACGACAGCUUCGUGAAACAUUCAGUCUCCAGCACAGCCGCGUCUGACUUCUUUUAUCAUCAGGCAAACGUUGUGUUUGACUCUCCUGCUCAGGAGAAGAUGAGCAGUGUGAUGGAGAGACAUUUGCUGCUUACCCUGGCUGGCCACUGGCUGGCCAAGGGUGACUCAGUGUCCCUGCACAGGUUGGAAGAAAUUGAGAAGCAGAUCUGGGUCUGCCGCAUCGCUCAGCAAACGGUCCCCACGGAGCAGGGCUCGGGCAGGACUUCCUCCCACGUUGGAGUGACCAGGGAUCUUACCUUUGACAGCUUAUCCCAGGAGUUUUCUUUCUCAAAGCUCCCGGCUCUGAACACACCAAAGUACUUAAAACUUGAGGGUCUUGCAUUCGGGGAGCCUCAGCAGACCUUGACUCGGGAGGAGGAGGAAUCCCUCGCGCUUCUCAUCGGGCGCCUUCUCGAUGCAGGCAGCGUGCAUGAAGCCAGCCGUGUGUGCCAGUACUUCCACUUCUACCACAGGGAUGUUUCACUGGUGUUGCACUGCAGAGCUCUGGCUUCAGGGGAAGCUGAUCCAGACAGAUUACACACAGAUAUCCAGGCUCUCCUUGCAGCAAGAGCGAAGACAUCUGAAAGCAGCGCCGAGCCACAGAGCGGGGUCCUGGGCACAUCAAGCUUAGAAGACUGGACACACCUUGUGGCUCCAUCUCCAGAUGAUCAGGUUGUGACCAGUCUGAAGGCUCUCAUAGAUGAGUGUGUUCAUGGAAGGAACUACUGCAGACAGGUUCUCUCUUUGUAUGAGCUUUCCAAGGAACUGAACUGCUCCUACAGUGAGAUGUCAGCCCAGGACCCUGAGGAGGUGCUUGGGGUGAUCCUGUCCUCCCAGCAGGCAGCCAGGGGCAGGAAGGCUCAGGCCUUCAUCUCCACCCAGGGGCUGCAGCCUCAGACAGUGGCAGAGCUGGUGGCUGAAGAGAUCCUGCAGGAGCUGUUGGUGCUUUCAGAAGGGAAAGGACAGAAACAUGUUCUGAACCCUGGAGCUGAGAGCCAGGCAUUGCUGCAGCUUGCUCAGCUGUGCCAGGAUCACACCCUGGUUGGCAUGAAGCUGCUGGAGAAAAUCUCUGCUGUGCCACGAGGGGACCGGGCGUGCAUUACAGAGCUGCUGAUUUUGGCCCACAGCUGCUUUACCUUGAGCUGCCACAUGGAAGGAAUCACCAGAGUCCUCCAAGCAGCACGGCUCCUCACAGAGGAACACUUGGCACCUAAUGAAGAGUAUGGGCUUGUGGUCCGACUGCUCACUGGGAUUGGCAGAUACAAUGAGAUGACCUACAUAUUUGAACUGCUGCAUGAGAAACACUACUUUGAAGUGCUCAUGAGAAAGAAAUUGGACCCAAGUGGGACCCUGAAGAGAGCUCUGCUGGAUUACAUCAAGCGGUGCCGGCCCGGGGACAGCGAGAAGCACAACAUGAUCGCCCUCUGCUUCAGCAUGUGCAGGGAGAUCGGGGAGAACCACCAGGCUGCUGCUGCCACCCAGCUGAAACUCAUCGAGUCUCAGCCCUGGGAGGAGUCUCUUAAGGAUGUUGCAAAUUUAAAGAAGCUGCUGCUGAAAGCUCUGACUCUCUUCAUUGAUGCUGCAGAAAGUUAUUCCAAGGACUCCUGUGUCCGGCAGGCUCUGCGCUGCAGCCGCCUGACCAAGCUCAUCACCCUGCAGCUGCAUUUCCUCAACACAGGCCAGAGCACCAUGCUGAUCAACCUGACCCCCCAGAACCUGAUGGACUCCAUCCUGGCCUUGCCUAGAUUCUACCAGGCAGCAAUUGUGGCUGAGGCUUACGAGUUUGUUCCAGACUGGGCUGAGGUUCUCUAUCAACAAGUGAUCACCAAGGGGGACUUCACUUACUUAGAAGAGUUCAAACAGCAGCAGCCCCUGAAGCCCCCCAUGUUUGAGGAGAUUGCUAAGAAAGUUAAGCAACACCCACCUACUGAUGCUGCUCUGAAAAACCUGAAGAAAUUGCUGAGUUACUGUGAAGAUGUCUACACAUACUACAGGCUGGCUUAUGAUAACAAGUUCUACGAUGUGGUGAACACACUUCUGAAGGAUGCCCAGACUGGCUGCUGCCUCAAGGACAUGUUGGCAAACUAAACUCACCCUCUGGAAGUGGAGACUGGCUCUGAGAGGUGCCAGUGCCACAGCAUCCUGCAGGGCUGGUGCUGAGCCUUUAACAGGUAUUUUUAGCAAUUCCUUGCUUACAGGGAGACACUGCUGUGUGACAGUUACUCCAGAAAACUGGUGGUGGUUGUAAAUAUUUAAAACACUGAGACUGUGUUAACCUGAAAUUGUGUUUUGUAUAAUAAAUCUGUUUACAAAAUACUCAGCCUGGCACAGCUGAUGGUGAACCACAGAGAUCCAGCAGUGGGGGUGAUGAUCACCACAGGAAUUGUAUCUGAACCCACCACAGAAGGUGCAGAAUAUCCAGUGACAGUGGAAUGAGCUGGGGGAAGUUUCAGAUCCACACCAGGCUCAGCUGUUCCUUGAUUCCAGCCUGGUAAGCCUGGGUUUGUUUGGUAGCUUAGUGAAGUGAAGCAGUCCUGCACAACUCAAAGAGCAAACACUUAAUUUGCUGCUGGCUUGGAGUAAGGGACACAAUGAAGCAUGAGCUGACAAUCUCCUCUGGGUUGCUGAACGUUUUCAUGGCAGUAACUGCUGCAUAAACCAUUUCCUUGCACAGCAUUUCCCUCAGCUCUGCAGCAGCAGCAGGAGAGUUGUACCCAGGCAAAGAUCCAGGUGGCACCAGGCACAGCUCCUUCCCUAAACAAACACUCACACAGGGAGGGUUAUCCCUGAGCAGAACCCAAUUCAUAAUCCCUGUUUCAUUCAGUCUUGUGAGAACCACUUAGGCUGAGUGGCUGUGAUGAGUUCAGUAACUGCUAGCAAGCUUUUAGCUUCAGCUUUGAAGAACCUGGAGGUGCCCUCCCAAGAGUCACCAUCCC